AUUCAGAGAUUGAUUUGAAUGUGAAGGAUUUGUUUGUAUCAUAUAGGUUAUAGUUCUGUUUAUAAUAGUUUAGUUGUAGUUUAGUGAUAGUUUUAGGUUUUAAUGAAUGUUUUGGAGGUUGAUAAACGUUGCUGUAGGAGUAUAUAUCAGUUCUUUAUCGGUGUCAGUGAUUAUUCAUCAUAAUGGCCGCGCCAAGAAGACAGCGGGUAUGCCCCGUAUGUACGGUAGAGCAUGAUGAAAAUGAUACUAUGCACAAUACAUCCCUUAGACACAGGCUCAAUUAUUUGUUAAGGCAAUGGCAUAAUGAUAGGAGGUCAUUGGUAAGAAAUCGUCAUGGUGUAGAAGUCACUGUUGCACUUGGAAACGCCCCUUUAAUAACCAAUGUUAAUAAUGGAAAAUAUUAUUAUAAAAUUUCGUUGGAAUCAUUGACGGAACGAGAAAAUAUACUUGAUUUUAAAUGCACGGCGACAAACAGAAGAAGAGAUGAUAUAUUUCUUACUAGAGUACUACUAUUAUGUGAAUAUGAAUAUUUUUCCAUUUUUACUACUAACAACAAUAUUACACCAGACACUGUAAUACAGCUAAUGCCGAAUACAAAUCAUAAGGUUAUGGUUAGAUUUGCUCCGGACAAGUCAAUAGUUGGAGGCUACAACAUUCCAAUUUGUUUUAAUUUUCAGACGAAUAAAAAAGAAACUUUCUCCAUAAUUCGAUCAAUUAAUAUCUCAGUGGAAGAAAGUAUUGAAGAAAAUGAAAAUCAACAUAUGACCGGAAGUCCAUUUACCGGAAAUCCAUGGCGGGAUGUACAGCUAAUACACCCACCUACAGAUUCAAUGAAUUACUCCAAUAUGUAUAAAAUUCCAGAGGCUUCAAAAAGGUUUUACCUUUACGGUCUACAACAAUUUCAAGAAAUGAGGGGAGACGAUUUUUACCGCUUAAGGGAAUUACAGAGAGAAAUGGAACCAGGAGAAGUUACUAGAGAUAAUUUCAGAAAAUUUUGGCAUAAUGUUCUUUGGAUUGAAGAGAUUGGACAAACACUUGGUCUUCAACAGUACAAUAUGGAAAAUGUUUCGUUAAACUUAUUAGACAAUGAACGACUAGAACUUUAUGUGCCAGGCUUAGCUGAAAAACGCCCAUCGGUGAUUGCUGGAGAUAUGGUACAUAUUCGUCCUCACAUUGACCACACUGGUUACACGGGAAUCAUAAGAAAAGUUAAUGAUUCUACUGUAGAAAUUGGAGACGUACAUAGAGAGUUGAUAAUGAUCAUUGAGAGUCAAUCAGAAAUUAGAGAAAUUUACGAUGUAAAAUUUGUGCUAAGUAGGUUAUCAUUUGAAAGACAACAUGCAGGUGUCGAUCGAGUUGUUAAAAAUGGUUUACUUCCGUGUAUAUUUCCAUCCCAUGAUGCAACUGUAAGAGUUAGACAAACAAAAAGAACCAUUAACGAUGGGGAAUUCUUAAAUCAAACUAUUGCUACAAACCAAGAACAGAAAACGGCAGUUAGAAAUAUCUUAAAUGCAACUUCAGUUCCAUACCCGUACAUAGUGUUUGGGCCUCCUGGAACAGGAAAGACUGUCACGAUUGUAGAGGCUAUUUUACAGCUUAAAUUUAAGACAACUCACAAAAUUCUUGUCUGUGCCCCUUCAAAUUCUGCUUGUGAUUUAAUAACCGAAAAGCUGCUGGAACAUUGCACAACGAAUGAGUUGAUUAGAGUUAUGUCAUCCAAUGUUGACUUGUCAAAUGUCCAUAAACCGGUUUUACCAUACUCCAACUACGAAGAGUAUGAGGGAUCAUGGCAAUACAAAAAAAUUGAUACGGCAUCCUUGAAUACUUAUAGAAUAGUCGUAACGACUUUAAUUCUUGUCGGUAGACUCGCCGGUUACUACAAACCAGACAUGGUUUUCAUUGAUGAAGCUGCACAAGCGUGUGAACCUGAAGUUUGCAUAGCUUUAGGUAUGGUUAAACAUGGACAGCAGAUAGUAUUGGCCGGAGACCCCAAGCAGCUUGGACCAUCAUUAACUUCUGACGCUGCCGUCCGAUAUGGCUUAGGUAUAUCCCUACUUGAGAGAAUUAUGCAAACAGAUUUGUAUAGCCAAAAUAACCAGAAUUGUAUAACAAUGUUAAUCCAGAAUUUCAGAAAUCACCGAACUAUUUUACGUUUGCCUAACGAAUUAUUUUAUGGAAAUCAAUUAGAGGCUCGUUCACAGAGAUCAGAAUUAGAUCCCUUAUCAACGACUUGCGUUUUCCAAAAAGUGCAAGAAAUUUACAAUAAGGGUAAGAAGAAGAAGCAGCAGCUGCAAAAAUUGAAAGGCCAACCAGUUGAAUUUUGUAGUUUGUUAUCCAAAGAACAGAGACAAGGAAAGUCACCGAGUUAUUACAACGAGAAGGAAUUACAAAUGAUAGUAAAGUAUAUUAAAGCUUUGCAUGCUUUAGAAUUUGUAGAUGAGGAAGAUAAAGUUAAGCCUUCCGAUAUUGGUGUUGUUACGCCAUAUGUUAGACAGGUUCACAAACUGAAAUACCUCCUUGAACAACAUGAAAUCGAAGGUGUCGAUGUCGGAACGACUGAAACUUUCCAGGGGCGGGAAAAAAGAAUUAUUAUUAUAUCCACUGUAAGAGCUCAAAAAGAUUUGUUGCUGUACGAUAAACUUUAUAAGUUAGGCUUCGUUAAAAAUGAAAAGAGAUUCAAUGUCGCAAUUACCAGAGCUAUGAGUAAACUGAUAAUCAUCGGAUGCGCACAAGUUUUGGCUUCCGACAAAAAAUGGUUGCAGUACAUGGAUCUAUGUGAAACGCUGUGCACUUUCUGGGGAGCUCCAUUUCCUAGAAGGACUGAUGCUGUUGUUAAUCAAAUCACUCAAAAGAUUGGAGCCGUCCAAAUAGACACUCAGUAUCAACAAUAAACUAUAUAUUUUCAAAAAUUUAUGUUGUUAGUUUAAGAGAAAAAAUGUUUACUUUUC